UUCUAUUUGUUUCCAUUCCAAAUAUCUUGAGAACGGUUGCUCGCACCUUUUUAAUAGGCCUGAAACGGGGAAACUGAAAAAGUUAAUACUCUCCAAAUGCCGUUUAAUAACAUGGUUUUACAUGAGACUUAACUCAUUUCUUAUAUUUUAUAUUUUUGACGGGAUAUUUCUUUUCUGAAAGACAUGCUGUAAUCGCAUAUUGCGAAUUUGCUUUAAUUGAAAGAUUUUUUCAGAACAUUCAGUGCCAUGGAAACAUCGUCAGAUAAUACUGAUUAUAUUUCCCGAAGUUCUACCACAGAUCAAAGAACAAGCGAAAGAAACAUCAUGUCUCCAUCGAGUUCCAGUUACCUCAGCUGGAUAGAAAGUGUGAACAGUGAAUACUUCGGUAGUGCUGUUUCUAGCGUCCCUGGUGCCCAAGACUUGGACAACAAAGUAGGCGAGUGGAACAAUUUCUGGUUGAAUUACAGUAACGCCAGGCUGCAUCAUCUCUCUACUGAUCAAACAUUCAGUUCCGAUGGCGCUGACAAGACUGCCGAAGAAAAUUCGGAAGACAGAAAGAGUCAAGGGAGUACCCAAAGAGACAUCACAGAGAAGAAUUCAGUCGAAUGCGUCAUGCUAACGGUCGACGAGUUUAACGAAGCAAUGAAGUGUUCCCAAAGAGUAAUGGAUAUACUAAAUUGCGCAAUGAAAAGAAACGAAAUGGAUGACAGUUCAAACGAGUCGUACUACUCUCAACCUCUACCUAUUAAGAAUAACCCUAUAGAAAGUGCAUCCGGUUCUUCUGUGUUAAAUAGAGAGCGUUCCGUAUCCUGCGUGGUGGAUUCUCAAUCUCUACAAAAACCGAAGCAAAUGUCGAAAAACACCCAGCAGUCGUCUAGCACCAGUUGCUUGAACGCCAUUUUGAGCACUAGCGUCGCCGAUAUUUUAAAAAAAGUUAUAACUAAAAAGCGGGACAUCAUCGUAUCCGAUGUCGACGGCAGGACAGCAACAAGAAACAGUUUUUCCGAAUGGAGUGGAAGAUAGUUAUCAUGUUGUGUUUGUUGGGAAUAUAUUUGAUUAAGAUAUCCCUAAAAUUUUAGAAACAUUUAAAUUAUAAAAUAAAGAACUAGUUAAGAACCGAAUCGAAUCAUCUACAAAUGAGUGUACCAUUUUGGUUCCAAAUAAGUUGCAAACAUUGCUCUUAUAAGUAAAGUUUAUAAUAAUUACUACCUACUUUAUCUAUGAUUAGCACACAGUCAGUCGAUAUGCGAUUAUUUAAUAGAACUUUAUGUACCUACUAGCGUGUACCAGCGACUUCGUUCGCGUCGAAUUAAUCAUUUGUAAUGGCGAUGAUAAAGCAAAGCAAGAAUUUCCAGUAACAUACCAACUGGAUAAAUUUUUCUCACAU